AUGAAUCAUUUUCGUAUGUUUUCAUAUCCAUGUUAUUGUCUUGUUUAUAAUUCUCCUCCAGUUAGUAUGUGUACGCUUCAUCAGCCCUAUUCUUAUAAUAAUAAUGAUAAUAAUAAUAAUAAUAAUAAUGGAAAUAUUAAUCCUCAACCAGAAGUAAGUAAUUGUAUAACUACAAAUUUAUCUUCAUUACAGGUUGGUCGAGAAAAGACUCGUCGAUUUUCUUCUGAACAAAUUCGAAUUUUAGAAGAACAUUUUUAUAAGAUUGAUAAAUAUUUAUCAAAACUAACAAUUGAUGAACUUUCAACUCGAACUCAGUUAAAACCGACUCAAAUUCGUGUUUGGCCCAAUAAUAAACGUACAAGAGAACGACAUGAAUAA